UCUUUCUACGUUUCAUACAUCAUAUCCGUGCUGGUCUGCGCCCUGCCAUGCACUCUUCUGGAGCUGACAGUGGGCCAGUACACGGGCCUGGGGCCCAUUCGCAGCUGCAGGAGCGUCGCGCCGGUCUUCACAGGUCUGGGUAUCGCCAACGUCAUGACGUCAGCCUUCUGCUCCGUCUACUGGAACAUGACCCACGCCUGGCUCAUUUAUUACUUGUACAAUUCCUUCUUCACUCCACUGCCUUGGCUGACGUGCACCAACGCCUGGAAUACCCAUGAUUGUUUUUCCAUCAAAAACGACGAGGAAUGUCGUGCAAUAAACCAGACUUUCUUCUACGGCGGCUGUCAAACCAUGGAAACAUUUUGCGCCAGCAGAUUGGUGAAUGGUCAUCGCUUUGCAGCAGUCCCCGGAGAAACGAGGUCGUGUCAGAACCUGACGAGCUCGUCACUGGUGUCACUGAGCGUUUUGCGAGGCAACACCACUCAUCCCCCAGCGGAGCGGAGUCUGUUGCAGGAUGCGUUUGUCGACGGCACUGACGCGUCGCUGACGAGACUCGGGGACCUGUCGUUUCCGGUGCUCAUUUGCAAUUCCGUGGCCUGGGCAAUGACGUUUUUCUACAUUGUGCUGGUCAAGAAUGCGAGUAACAAGGCGUAUGUUGCGACCUGGUUGACAGCAACGACGAUGUUCAAGGCCCUGCUUAUGAGUGUUUUGGUCCUACGAGCUGUGACCCUGCCUAAUGCAGGUGCGGGUCUCGCCGUGUUCGGCACCGACUGGGUUCGCCACCUGAUGGACCCUAAUUUGUGGUUCGACAGCAUGACGCAUACGAUUUAUUGCUCCGGCGUCGGAUUCGGGGGCUUGUUCUCAUUAGCUACACGCAACGACUUCCAUCACGCCUUCGUCUGGGAUUCCAUCGGACUUUGUUUCAUGAACGCUGUCGUGUCGACGCUCAUGAGCCUGGCCUUCUACGCAUACGUCGGAGAGAUGUGGAAAAAUGCUGACGGCGCUGACGGGAAUACAAUUACUUCCGUGACGGUGAACAAAGUGAUCAAAUACGGGUUCGGCUUGAUUUUCUCCACCUACCCUGAAGCAAUGGCCGUCACACCCGUGCCGAAUUUGUGGUCCAUACUGCUCUUCUCCAUGCUGACUUUCAACACUCUCGAUUCAGAGAGCGGCAUGGUCAAGGUUGUCGUUCUGGCAGUGGAAGAAGCCUGGCCUGUUUGCGUCGGUCGCCGAUUCUGGGUCACGCUGUGCAUUUGCGUCUCGGGGUUCCUGCUGAGUCUGCCCCUGUGCUUCCAGGGCGGGAUCUACCUCAUCAUCCUCAUGAUUGACUUCUCGGCUGUCUCGCCGCUGCUCCUUGUUUGCCUGCUCAACGUCCUGGGCUUUAUCUUUGUCUACGGCCGAGAGAAAUUGCUUGGGCACUUUGAGGAGAUGGUCAAGCCGGGCGUCUGGGUCAAGAGGUAUCUCAAGAUCACUUGGCUGUAUAGUGUGCCGGUCAUCUUGUCGGUGAGCCACCCCCUGAUAUUUGAACGUCUGGCGCAGAUCUGCACAUUCGUCAGCUUCGUCUUUUUGGCACAACCCGCGGCCGUCAUUCUGAUGGACUCCCCGCUGACGACGAACGUGCUGGGCUGGAGCUACGUACUAGUCCACAUCCUUCCCAUCCCCUUUGCGGCGCUGGUGGAAAUUUGGCGCAGUUUCCGGAAAAACGAGGUCUAG